GAGGAAGUGUUGGAUGGCACAAAAGAGCUGAAAUGUACCAUUUAGAGGUGCCCUGCUCUACCAUGGCUGGAAGUGUUUGGUAAACUGUCAAUUGCUCAUGAAAAGUGGACCGUCCAGUAUUCUGCGGCUCAGGUGAGCUCCGACACGAGCCAAACACGUUCAAGCGACGAUCAACUCUCAGUACUGAGAGAGGAAGUGCUGUGAGCAUUGAGCCUCAGAUUCCCCAGAGAGGUAAGGGGCAAGGGUAUGUUUUUAUUAUUUAUUUAUUUAUUUAUUUAUUUUCUAAUGAGAGGCUAAUGCAGAAUGCAGAAGAUGUUGGUCUUCAGGGGCUUUUUGAAUAAUUGGAGUGAUACAGAGUGAGUGGAGCAAAGGAGCUGGUUCUACUUUUCCAGUAACACUCUUACAAGAAAAAAGGUUCUUGGCGUGCUAUUUAGAACCAUACAGGCUUUGAAGAACCUUUAGGGGUUCCUUUGAUGAAUCCUUCAAAAUGGUUUAAAGAAACAUUUAGGGAUGCCAUAUGUGACACAUGCAACUUCCUAUAUCUCGGCUUCAUUGAAAAUGAGGGCUACCCUAAAUGAGUCUCCGAGAUUAAAUAAAUAAAGGUUGAAUGAAUGAAUGAAGGAAUGAAUGAAUGAAUGUAGUACCAUUUUUUCUAAGAGUGGCACUCUGGAAAAAAAAAGUAAAAAUAAAUAAUCAUAAUAAUCAUAACAAACAAAUAUAUAUAAACAGGAAGUGUUUCUCCAUGUUAAUAUUUUUACAAAUACAAUUCUGCAGGGUUUCAAGUUAAGUUGAAGUGCUUCAAGUUGUCAUUUGUGUUAUCAAAUGAAAUUUCCCAGUGGUAAAGUUAGCCGUUAUCCCUGUGUGGAAACAAGACUGUGAAUCUGAAAAGCUAGCAAGCUAAUUCCUACAGUGGCAUCGCAGUGGUAGUCGAUAAGGGCGAUAACACUGUGAAAUAUGAGGCAAAUGACAUUCAAAUACUUUCCAGAGUCACUAAGUCACCAAGGAAAGGCAGCUUAAAGUGAUCCACAUCCGUUUUAAUGAGAUGGAUAUGUUAAUGCUCCCUUCUACCCUUUCAUUUCUGGCCGAAUUCACCUUGACACAGCACCUGGCGACUCCUUUUUCUCUUCCUUGUGAAUGUAUGCCAUGACAUUUACGGUUCAAGACAUCAUUUUUAUUCAACUCACCAAAAAUGAGUAGAGCUACAUAACUAAAGUUGAUAUAUGCUUUGGUAUUAUCCACGUCUGCUGAAUAUACCUGAGGUUUGCACAUUACACUAAACUAUAGAAAUGGAAUAAUCCAGGGACAAUACAGCUUCCUACUCCUAUAGAAAUGCUAGUUUAUUUGUUCAACAAUCUCUCCCAUGCAGUCAAAUUUACACUGACUACUCUUAUCUUUAAUAUGUAGCUUUCUACACAAAUGAACAUUUUACAGCUGCAGUACAUCUAUAUGUGUCUGGUAGGUGUGGAAAAUAGUCAGUCUGGUCUGGAAGGCCCCAAAGACACAAAUCAGUGAUCUUGAUGAAGAUAUCAUCUGUGACACACACACGUCAUGUUGUGAGUACAAACACCGUCCGUGUUGUUGGUCUGAACAGGACAGGGCAGCAGAGCAGCCGGACUCUAGAAACUGACUCUCUGAACGGCUCGGAAAACACACCGGACGUAAUAACACACACAGUCGCACGAAGUGAGAAACCCAGAUGAACCCAGUUCUCCAAAAUGAACCAAAAAGAAACCUUCCUUGAUGAUGUCUACGCGUAUGGCCUGUCCAGGGCGCUGAUUAAGGUAGCGCCACCGGCUACUGUGGGCCUGUUCUCCAACUGCCCGAGCCGGACAGAAACUGUUCUGAAGAAAAUCAGGACUUACAUGAACAAAGAGGCGGAAUGGCGGGAGAAGAAGCACAAAAACGACAGGCCCAAGGCAGCUUCCACAAGCUUCCUCUCGCUCCUCCUCUCCAUGGUCUUCCUGCGGCCCGUAUGGAGUGAGGAAGAGGAGCGGAGGAGGAAGAGGGUGCGGUGGAUAUUCGUGCGGUUCAGCGCUUGGCACUACGCAGGCUGUGACAAGAUCUGGGCGGGCUUGGUGAUCCGCCUCUUCAAGGCCCUCCAGAAGGACUUUGGAGAGAUCCCGCUGUCUGUGUACCGCUCCAGCCAGCAUCCGUACCCCAAGAAGAUCCAGAGGGGAGGCAAGGAGACCCGCUGGAAGUGCAGGCAGUUUCUCUUCGUGCCACUUUGGCUGGCUGUUCUACUUGCGUUUGCCAUUAGCAUCGGAGCGAGCGUUGUGCUCGUCAAGUCCGGCCUCCAGAUGAAACGUGAGAGCGCGCUGACCUGGACGACGCUGAUGGAGUCGGUGGCUAUCGGAGCCCUGGGACUUCCUGCCAUGGUGGGCCUGCGUUUUUUCCUACUCACGCUCAAAAACCUGUUCUACAACCAAGGCAGGAACAUUCUGAAGAAGAUGAACAGCACAACGGUCAGCGAUCAGAUGGGGUUCAUGAACAAAGUGAGGAAAGAGGUGGCCGUUUUGGCCGACUUCAUCCACUUCAUGGAGAUCUUUGAGAAGAGGAAGGUGCGGGUGGUUCUGGAGAUCACCAACCUGGAUCGCUGCCGCCCCGACAGAAUCAUACAGACGCUGGAGGCCAUCAAUAUCCUGUUGUCGGGUGAGAAUGUGCCAUUUGUGUCCAUUCUAGCUAUAGACCCAAGUGUUGUUGUGAAGAGCUUGGAGAACUCCAUUUUCUUUGCCAGAUCACACUCGAACAGCUAUGAUUUUCUGAAUGAGAUUGUUACCCUGCCGUUCAACGUGCCUGAAAUGUGCAUCGAGUCCAAGUGUUCGGCAUUCAAAGUGCUUGCCAACAGUCACCUCGAGGUGUGCACAGUCGAAGAAGAAUGUGAUGAGUCUAGCGAUCUGGAAUCAAGAAAAUCUGUCCAGCUCUCCGUGCUAGUGGACUCUGAGAACACAGUCCCUUUCCUUAGUAAAAACAAAUGGGACGAGGAGUCUAUGGAGAAGGCACUGACAUGGGAGGUCUGGGCAAAACGAGUCAAAACAAUGACCAAGGAGGCUUUAGAGUUUACAUACAACCACAACAAACCGCUCCACACGUACCUGUUUGGAAACAGUGUGCACAUGCGAAGGAUUAUCAACUCCGUGCGAGUCACCAUCAUAGUCAUGGACGCUGCUUAUGGCGGCGUUGUCGUGGCAUCAGACGUCGCCACCUGGGUGGUUCUGGCCAAUAACUGGCCGUGCCGACUGAGUUGGAUUCUGCAGUGCGUGGAGGACUGGCAACAGAGGGCAGACAUGCACGGGAGCGUCAGUGCGCCGGCGCCAACUAAACCGCUUUGGGAGGUCUUCGUCGAGUCGAGGCAAGAACUACGCGAGCUCCAGGGCAGCAUUGAAUGCAUUCUAGAGCAGGACGGAGACCCAGAACUGUUUCAGAGGUUCCUGCAAGUGGAUUUUAGACUCACCGUUAGAGAGGUGCUGAAGUUUAAGCCCAGCACGGUCAACUUGGACCCCUCCAUCAAGAAGACACUAGCUAGGUUACGAGAGAAUAGAAGGAGAAAUCUUGCUGCAAAGAAGACCCACGUACGUCUCCAGAGAGCACAAUUUGCUGACAUGACCACAGAUGACAUUUGCAAUGAGAUGGAGAGGUUGAACCUGCCAGAGAAAUGCCAGCAGUUGCUGACGGCCAGCGGACUUGAUGGAGCAGCCAUGGCUUAUGGAAAUGAAGAGGAAAUAAGACAAGCCCUUCAGAUGACUUCAGAAGAGUGGAAUAUCCUCUACAGACGCCUGACGGGACUGAAAACUAUAGGAUACUGAAUACGAUUAUAUUAUGAAAUGAUAAAAAUGCAGUUUUCCCAUUAUUGAAUUUGAACACAAGUGCCUAUGUGUGCUGAAGGCCUUCUUGUUGAACAUUGAGAGUUGCCUUUUUUUUUUCUUACGUGGCCAGUAUCCUUCCAUGUUUUGUUAUGUAUAACACAAAAGCUCAAUUCUGCUGAGAACAACAUGUACACAGACAAUACAUUUUAGCCUUUCUGGGUUCUAUAAACAUUCAACAGUGCGAACAGUGCAUCUACAUUCUGCAUUCACUCGUAAGAGACAGCCAUGUCUGCCUGAAGACGGCAUAGGCCAAAACGUGUCCGUCUUGUGACAUGUUCUCAAUUUAAUUAUGAGUUAUUAUAUAGCUUGAGAGUGCGUUUACUUUUUUUGUUUUUGCCAUGUCUGCCUGCCCAUUCAUUCCAGUAUUCUGAUGGGAUAGGAUGAGUUUUAUUGGCUUAUACUGUAAUAUGGAAGGUGUUUGUUUAAUUAUCAGUUAAUUAUCUGUUAAUUUUCAGUUUGCUGAUUUUAAUGCUGUCUUCAGUUCAGAAGUUAAUGAGCAUUUGGCAGCGGUCAAAGCCUGAAGCUGUCUUCAGUGACCUCUCCUUCUCCCUAUCUGUUUGAUCAUUGAAGUGCUGUGGCGUGGAUUAAUUAGAGAUCAUAUGAAUAUGGGGCUGCCAUGUCAAAGAUGCAUUUCUGAGAAAUAAGACAGGGAAGAUUGCUUUGAAGGGUCUCAUUAUAAAGCAAAUAUUAGUUUGUGGUUAAGGGUUAAGUUUGGAAAAAUAAACUCAAGAAUUUCACCCUGA